AUGGAUACUGGAGUUCGCUCUGCCAGAAAUGAGCUCUUCCAGACUCUCAAACCACGAUGCGUCGAGCUCAGCCAGCUAGCUCUCAAGGACGACGGAAGUCCGAGUGAUGCGAAAUCAAUAGCACAAUCGACAGCCCGGCUUCUGGCGAUACUCGAGCAGAAAUGCAAACGAACUGAUGGUGUUUUCGACGAGAAACUAGCCGAUUAUGUCUUCUUUCCACUCUCGCAAAUACUCAAGAAGAGGCAGAAAUACACGGAUGGGAUCUCCGAAUUGACAACGAAAUGUCUCAGGAUCUUGUUAGAAUUUGGUUGGAGCAGAGGUGUUGCAUUAGACCUCGCCAAACAACUCUUGAUAUUGCUGAGUUUUGUCGCUGGAGGUCGACCGGAUCAAAAACCGACCAAUAUCCCAGAGGAGAUCGCCAGUGAAGCAUAUGGGGCACUUGCUGCCUUGUUCAAUGAUUUAAGAGUCACACCUGGCGGGUCGGCUGCGUUGGUUGAGACUGGAACAAUACCGGCCUUGGGCCAUUGCAUAACCGUGAUACUGGAAGGGAUCACGGAUGGGGCAUCGGUGGAAGUGCAGCUACAAGCAUUGAGUGCGUUAGACGCAACAUGGCGAUGUAUCAAGGAUAUGGAAGCUCUGGCAACUUUCCUUCCUGGAACGAUUUCUGCCCUGACAAAAUCUCUUAUGCCGGGAACGGGGACUCGAAGGCCGCGGAAAGUUCUCGUUACUGCCUUGGGAGUCCUGGGGCAUGUUCUUACUUCUGUUCUCAGUGAUAUUCGAACUAGAAAUAUAAGGAAUAAGGAUGAGUCUCCCCAAGUGGCAACAGGGGAAAAGUCUGAGCAGAAGGUCUUGAGCAAGUCCUGGCUCAAGGCAACGACAGGUCAAAUAAAGCUAGCCCUCGCCAAUAUCAUAAGAUUACGGAAGCAUGAUGCGGAUGUUGUUCGCAAAGCUUUGAACAACCUUUGUCUCACCAUUCUAGACGAGUGUCAUGAUACAUUGUCUGAGUCGGCUUCCUUGCUCGUGGAGACAUGUAUGAUAUUGGAAGAGGUUGGCAACGAAGCCAAUUUCAAGGAGCGGGGGACGACCCUUGUAGAGCUUGCAAUUAUUUAUCCUGAUGUUGGGGAGUUGGUGAAAACUACUGCCUACAACUGGGUCACCAGCUUGCCCAGGGUGAUGCAGGCAAAUGACGAAUCAGCCAAGAAGGGUGCUCUUGAGCAGCUGCAGAGAGCAAAUAACCUACUAAAAAAUCUCAACUCGGAAUCGUCGAUACUCGAGGAUGCCCUGGGAAGCUCCCUACGGGACAGUAUCACCGUAACGCUGGAAGCAUUACCGUCAUCGAAGGUUCUGCAAGAAGCCGAAUUUGAUCCAAACAGCCAAGCCGCCAUGACACUGGUGACAGACAAUACCUCCCCUAGCUAUUUCAGCCCUGUGAUUCUAGCUGGAGAGAGUCAGAAGGAGACACGCGAAACGCUUAUGAGAGUGUUAAGUACUAUCGGAACACAGCAAUCACAAACUACCAUGGCCGGCGAAAUGCUUGAAUAUGUUCGUAUAGCUUCGGGCCCGAGUCUCCUCGCAGCCUACUGGCUAUCGUUCCAGAUCCUGAAAACUGCAUCAUCCCAGAAUGAAGCUGUCGAUGAAUUCCUAGACGCCAGUGUCAUAUCGUCUGAUGAGCAAGACUCUCUGAUUCAAGAGCUGAUGUCCUAUUCCCAAUCCAUCCUUGCGAGCACCGAUGACGGACAGCAUGAUUGGCGUAUGCAGGCAAUAGCGCUUGAGGUGGUAGCGGAGAGAGCCCAACAACAGCAGACGAACUUUCGGCCAGAACUUAUUGAUACGCUAUAUCCGGUUGCUCAACUUCUUGGAUCGCCGAAUAAUAGACUACGAGAGCAUGCAAUCACCUGCCUCAACAUAGUCUCAAAGGCUUGCGGGUAUGCUAAUGCUAGCGACCUAAUCAUCGAUAAUGUUGAUUAUAUGGUUAACGCCAUCGCCUUGCGGCUCAACACAUUCGACAUAUCCCCACAAGCUCCGCAAGUACUAGUGAUGAUGAUACGCCUGGCGGGGCCAUCAUUGCUGCCGUAUCUUGACGAUGCUGUGGGAUCCAUCUUCGCCGCUUUGGAUAACUUCCAUGGCUAUCAACGUCUUGUCGAGGUCCUCUUCUCAGUGCUUGAUGAGGUUGUGAAGGUUGGAUCAAAAUCAAUCCAGCUUCAAAUCACGACCGAGUCGACCACCGACGACAAACCCAAAGAAACUCCCAUCCCCACAAUUGAAGAUAUCAUCGCUCUUCUCACCAUAAAGCCAAACCCCGACGCCGACAUACUUCCCAAUGAAGACUUUCCGCGCGAACCCUGGAAAUCUGCCCAAACUCUCCUGAACGAACAUUCUCAAGCCAACAAAGGGGAAGACGAAGAAGAAGAGCCCCCACCCCCAUCUCAAGAACUCGCCAAACCACCCCCAACAAAAACCUACACGCUCCUCCAAUCCAUAACCCGCCUCUCGCAACACUACCUAACCUCAUCCUCGCCCACCCUCCGCACCAAACUCCUCUCGCUAAUAGCCACCGCCUCUCCGGCCCUCUCACACUCCCCAGAAGACUUCCUCCCCCUCGUAAACGACAUCUGGCCCGUUCUCAUAAAACGCAUUUACGAUAGCGAAACAUACGUUGCUAUAGCAGGUAUGGAUACCGUUUCUGGGAUCUGUCAAUACGCGGGAGAUUUCAUGCGGACGAGGAUUAGUGUGGAGUGGAGUGGGAUUAUUGGGAUGGCGAGGAGGGUUAGGAAGGAGAUGGAGGGGGAGAGGAAGGGUAGUGCUGGGAGGGGGGUUUAUGCCGAGGGUAGGAAGAAAUGGGAGAGUGUUGUGCGGUUGCUCUGUGCGGUUGCUGAGUGGGUUAGGGUUGAGGAUGCGAUGUUUGAUGAUGUUGUGGAGGUGCUGGGGAGUGCUGUGUGGGAGAGGAGCGAGGUUAGGAGGGCGCUGGAAACGGUUAAUGCAGAUGCCAUUUGGUUGGCUUGUUAUGUAGCUAGGAUGGCUACUAGUUUGCCUACACAGAAGCCGUAUGUGGAGGGUUAUGAGUUUGUUGCAUUAAGGGCAACAGUGUAUUGA